AUGGCAGAAUUGGAAGAAGGUGAUAUCGCCGAACAUGGAUCUGGAAGUUUCGAGGUCAAUCAGGAUGGUAAUGACAGUACUCCUAUAAGUCCAGUUCAGUCCAAUUAUAUGGCAGAAUUAGACGGAGGUGACAUCGAUCAGGAUGGUGAUGACAUUACUCCUUUAAGUCCCAUUCAGUCCGGUUAUAUGGCAGAAUUGGAAGAAGGUGACAUCGCCGAACAUGGAUCUGAAAAUUUCGAGGCCAAUCAGGAUGGUAAUGACAGUACUCCUAUGGCGGAAUUGGAAGGAGACAUCGCCGAAUAUGGAUCUAAAAAUUUCGAGGUUAAUCAGGACGGUGAUGACAAUAUCGCUUUAAGUCCGAUUCAGUCCGGUUAUCCGGUUGCUCAGACAUGUAAUAACGAGGAUGAUUCAAAAGAUGUCACUAACGACGAUGGUGAGAAGGACAGCUCUUCGUCUUAUUCACAUUUUUCGUCGCACGAGAUUGAAGAAGAAAUGAAGGAAGAAAACGCUCUUGACCAUGAUGAAAAUUUGGAACAUUAUUCUGAAACGAAAGAGAAGAAUGAUGAUGAUCUCGUUAAUCCAACAAAUAAGGGUAAUGAGACGGAAAAAGUAGAUGCAAGUCAUGGAAGAGAAAGAGAUGAUAACGAUUCUGAUAGAGAUGAAGAUAUACAAGCUGGUCCAUCGAAAGCGCGACGCAUCAUGUUGUCCAGCGAUGAAGAAGAUAAUAUAGAUACCGCACCGGCAGCAACAAAGUCACGAGGUGAUUCCGAAUCGGAAGGUGAUGGAGAGCAUGCUGAAGUUGGUGUCGGUGAAUUAAUGACCAAUAUAUUUGGGGAGGAUAGCGAUGAUGAAAAGGAUGAUGAAGAUGCAAUUCAAGCACAGUAUCGGGCAGAAGGAAAUGGUCCAGAGGGGGAUGAUGACGAGCCGCGAUAUGUUCGUGAUGAAAAUGACGAAGAUGACGGACGAGUUUGGGACUUUGAUACAAUGAUGCGUGAAAAAAAAGCAGAACGACGAAGACCGAGAAGACGCCGACGAGAUGGUUCCAUUGAUGUUGGUGGAGCCUAUGAUGAUCAAAUUAAAAUGCUUAUUGAUGCUAUGAAAGCUGCAGCAAAGGAUGACCGUCACUCUAAUAUGGAGCGUCGACCUGCGUUACAGAAGCGUAAAAUGUUGCCACACGUGAAAGCAAUGUUAAUAAAGCACGAUUUAAUGGAAGCUGUUAUUGAUAAUGGCAUGAUGAAUGUAAUAUCAGAGUGGUUGGCACCAUUGCCUGACAAAUCAUUACCUGCAUUGGAAAUUCGGACAGAUUUGUUAAAAAUCCUGCAAGAUUUUAGUCGACUAGAACCGGGGACUUUGAAACAAUCUGGAUUAGGACGUGCUGUAAUGCUGCUCUAUAAGCACCCACGCGAAACUAAGGAGAAUAAAACUCUAGCUGCACGGCUGAUUAGUGAUUGGGCUAGACCCAUCUUCCAGCUCGAUACAGAUUUUCGUUCAAUGACAAAAGAUGAGCGUGUACAGCGUGAUUACGCACAACUACCAGAAGCUAAACGGCGACGCUUAGAUGCUGGAUCGGAAAGUUCAGAUGCUGAAAAGGAGAUAUCAGAACCUCGUCCUGGUGACAAAGGUUUCAUAAUGCGGGCGCGUGUACCACGACCAUCGCAGAGGGAUUAUGUUGUACGCCCUAAAAGUAAUGUUGAAGGUCAGUUUCGUGGAGCAACGAAGAAUCGUUCGAAUAGUCGAUUUGAUCGAACUCAAAGGGAAUUCAAAGAACGUACAAAACAGCAACGGACGCAGCGAGCCGUUGCUGUAAGUAUUAAUCGUGUUAACUUAUGA